AACAUAUCUUUUAAGCUUGCUCCACAACCAUUCUCUGUUGGUGCUGAACGAUAUGCUUAUUACGCACUUGAUACUAAACGUCGACGAAAUUAUAAUAUUGCAUUUUCUUCAACAAAAUUCAAUGAAAUCACCAAACGAGUUGGUGUCAAUAAGAAAGUUAUAUUUAUUGAUGUAAAAUAUUAUGCGAUAAGACAGGCUCCAGUGCUUAUUGCACUGUAG